GUGUGACCCACACAAUGACGAUGGAUGGAAGUGGCUGGGUUUGUUUAAAAAUGUUUUUAAGUGUGCGGUACCACAAGAGACUGCCUGUUUCACAGCGAGGAUAGAAGGGGGAGGGUGUGUCUAUUAGGCUACUUGAGUGGCUUAUUGCACUGAAACCUCUCUCCAUCUCUCAGCCUGGCCAGGGGAAACGCCGACGGAUAGAAGGCAUGGGAGCACCUGGACCGCGUGAAGAUCGUAAUGUAACUGAGAAGGAUUAAUGACCUAGUACGAGCCAGUGGUCAACUCCAGGGGAAGAGCCUCCGGUUGGGCUUUGCUGACCUUGCUCCAUCCGCUAUCUCUGGUCUUCCACCUAGUUCUCUGGAUCUCCUGACAACACCACUCUCUCGACUCUUCCCGUUGACACGGCACUAUACCCAGGGGUGCUAACCCUGUCCACCUCCAUCUCUGGUUCCCUGGACCCACCUCUCUCUCACCUCUCCCCCAGCAACCCUUCCCGUCCCUGGGCCGAGAUAUAGAUGUCUGUGCCCUCGGCCUUGGAGUUCCACUGGCAGAGCCUGGCUCGGCUGCCAAGCGGUCGUGUCUACCACUCCCUGGCGGAGGUGGGGGGGCAGAUGUACAUGCUGGGGGGCUGUGAUGCUGCAGGGAGGCCCUCCCCAGCCCUGGAACUCUACUCUCCAGAGGGGGACCAAUGGCUAAGCUUGCCCCCCAUGCCCACCCCUCGGGCGGGUGCGGCCGUGGCGGUGCUGGGAAAGGUGGUGUGUGUAGGUGGGGGGGUGGCUGUCAGAGAAGAUGAGGUGGGGGUGGCUGUCGCUGUGAAAGAUGGGCGUGCGUUGGCAGUGGGUGGAAUGGGUUCAGACCUGCUCCCUCGUAGUAUACUACAGCAGUAUGACCUGAGGAAGAAUGUGUGGGCACUACUGCCCCCUAUGCCCACACCACGAUAUGAUGCUACAGCACACCUACUGGGCAACAAGAUCUACGUGGCAGGUGGGCGUCAGUGUAAGCGCACGUUGAAGGUCUUUGAGGUAUUUGAUUCAGAGACACGCUCCUGGAGUACACUACCCAACAUGCCGUGUAAACGUUCGUACGGUGGCGUGUUCUGGGACAGUUCGGGGAGGCUGUGUCUGCUGGGGGGGCUAAGGAAGGGAGGGGGCCACCAGAGCUCCAAGUUCACCAAGAAUGUCAACAUCUUUGAUACUAACCAGGGGUUGUGGUUGAAGUCAGAGGACACGGUGGCCAUGAAGACUAAGAGGGCUGACUUUGCCUCAUCUUUCCUCAGGGGCAGGAUGGUCGUAGCAGGAGGACUCGGUCACCAGCCUUCAGUUCUGGACACGGUGGAAGCCUUCCACCCUCAGAAGAGGAAGUGGGAGAGACUGGCUCCCAUGGCAAUGGCGCGAUGCUCUGCCUCGUCCAUCGUCAUCAGGGACCGCUUGCUGGUGGUGGGAGGAGUCAACCAGGUCCCUAGUUCAGCCCAUGAGAUCCUGUAUGUGAAAGAGGAGUGUCUGUAGGCUAGAGGACACGACCCUUACAGGAUGAUUGACAGCAGGAUGACGACAAGAAGAUUCUGAAUUCUAGAACAUUCUAUUCAAGAUCAGUGGUUCCAGUGCUUUCAUAAUGGCUGCUGGUCUGGGACAAGUGCAAUAUGUUUCCUAAGAUCUACAGAGGAAUAGAAAGGAUGGGGAAAUAAUGCCACAAACACAGAACAGUGCCCUCUGCUGGGUUGUCUAUACACACUCAACUCCAACACACAGUGAGAGAACUUAUAUCACACAGGCUACACACACAGAGAAUAGAUCCCAAUUAUCACCAUACUGACUCACAUCGUACAAAAUAUUCUACACCAGGGAUGGCCAACUUUGAUGGUCGUGGGGCCCACUAAAAAUCUGAACUCAUCAUGAGGGGCCGUAGUUACUCGCGGGUCUGCGUACCCACAUGUGCACAACCACAUUUCGAAAUUGCGCCUUGUGUAUUCUAAAAAAAGGCCGCCAGUUGCACAUCCCUGUUCUACACACACGAGGAGCUGGCUUUCUCUGUGAAUAAGUUAUUCAGAAGAGUUUCAGUAAUGAAAAGAUUCCUCUUCACUGUGUGUGAUCUCCCUAUAGAGAUUCUCAAGCUAGUCAAUAUUUUUUUACUUUUGCAUCUAUUGUUGUAGACUUACUGCUUGCCUUGCCUUAAAAGUUUUUUUAACUGGACAUAUAGAUGUGAUCUUAACAGGGAGUAAAGACUAAAGCAAGGUAAUACAUUUUGUAUUGUUACUUAGAUAAAUGCUGUAUAUUUGUUGUGUAUGAAAUGUGUGCAGUUUGUCAACAGUUUGAUAUUCGUUACUGUAGAUGCAAGUGACAUGUUAGUGUACACCCAUCUCUAACACCUAAAUUAGUCAACUCCUGACAUACAGUACAGUACAGUAUGCAGUGGCUUGGACUAGCAUGAAGACAUGCACUUAACUGGAGUGUGCAUAUAGCAUGCAUGCAGACAUAGCAUGCAGAUAUCUGGAGCAAGUCAAAAAUAAUGUAUAUGAAUUAACUGCACUGUACUGAAACAGAGUGUUCACUCAUCAGGAGUUGACUAUACCCACUGAUGGAGGCUGCUGAGGGGAGGACUGGAAUGGCUGGAAUGGACUGAAUGUAUUGGUAUCAAACACAACCAUGAUACCAUUCCAUUUACUCCAUUCCAGCCAUUAUUAUGAGCCAUCCUCCCCUCAGCAGCCUCCACUGAUACCCACAUAUUUGAAUGGGUUGCCUAUGGAUUGCUAUGGCAAUAGGAAUUAUAUAGGUGUGAUAUCAUACUUUUAUAUAUUUGUCAAUGAGAAGAUUAAUCAUGUAAUGUCUGGUUUAGAGUAUAUAUCAAAUGGUGUAUGUUCUUUAAUCCUAUUUAAGAUCUGUUGGGGAGACUGCUCUUUUUAACAUCCCCAUUUAAAAAAAAAAAAGUUAUACCCAUGAUACCUGCAAUACUGGUUUUCGGUUCAUCUGUUUUGGUUUGUUAUUAGUGCACUGUGUAUUGACAAUUGAUUAAUGUGAAAAUGUAUUAAUGAAUAGCUUCAUUCUCAGGAUGUUAUUAAAAAGCACAAAUUACUGGAUGAAUACUUCUACAGUAAGUGUGGGUUCAAUGGGGUAUUCUUCUAACUUGAUUAGAAAAUAAAACAAAAGAAGCUUAACAAAAUAA